AUGGCAACCAAUACUGUACUCGACGAACUCAAGCAGACCGAAUUGAUAGUCAAGAACACUAUUUUGGAUGCUAACGCAUUUGAUUACUCAAGUGAUGAAGAUGACUCUUCCAGUAUUGGGGAUGAAGAAGACAACAUUGUAGAUGAGAAAAACAGUAUUGUCAAUAAUUUCUUUGAUAUUGAAAUGAACGGUAAUCCAGUUUUCAAUGCAUUCUCUGACAUGUUUUCUUCUGCUGCUGCUGCUGAUGAAGUAUCAAUGACUGAUGAUAACUCUGAGAUCCCAGAAGAAGUCUUUGAGACAAUUGGUGUUGUAAAUGACUCUACAAGCUGUUAUCCUUUUUGCAAUCUUCAAACCAUGAUCCUUUUUGCUUUUAUUAAUGGGGAUAAUGACAUGAUCUUCCAGCAAAUGUUGAAGAAGAUACUGCUUGCAAUGAACUUGAUCAUUAAGAUCCAGCAAGAAACUCCCAUAGGAAGAACAUUUAAGUUAUCUCAUUUGGAUGCAUUUUUAAAUUAUCAGGCAAGAAAGAAGUCCAAGACGCCUGUCUUUCCUUCACAAAGAAUAUCAGUACCUGGAUCGAACGGGAACGCAUUCACCCAUAUUAACCUUCCUUCCAACCACUUGAGAUUUCUUAUGGCAAACCCAAAGAAAUCCAAGUUGAUCUCGUCUAUGCCCAAUCAUACCCCAAACCAAUCAAUCUGUUUGGAACAAGAUGUCUGGUUUGGAAACAUUGUUUACUUGAAGACAAACGAUUGCAGAAUCUGCUUUUUGGUUGAAUCGUUCUACACGGCAAACAAAACAUUUUUGCAAGAGAGUAUCUGGUCAGAGCGAUUUCGAUUAGUAGAGCAGAUCUCUCACGUUGGCACUACUCCUGUUGAAAGAGAUCAUUACUACAGUAUCUCAAGUAGUCUUACUAGAUUGAGUCCUGCUCAUGACUUUCUUCUUUUUGGAGUUGAUCCAAUGAAGAAGUCUAUGCCUCUUUCUGUUUUGCCCAGUAAUGUAGAUUGCAAUGCAGUAUUUUACAAAGUCAGGGUUGUUUCAAUCAUCCUUUUUACAGAUGACACUUUCAGCAAUCGUUCAAAGCAGUACAAUCCGUUUGAAAGCUGGUUAAUGAGAUGCACUGCCUUGCCUUUUAAGGAUCGAAAUUUGAUAGCAAACAUCCAGUUUCUUUCUACAAUCCCUAAGAAAGAUGGUACAGAUGGUAUGUCUCUUCUGCCAGCAAUUGUUGAUGACUUUAAGAAACUUGAGAAAGGUGUAAAAAUGUUCUCCGCUGCAGACAAUGAGUAUGUUCUGGCUGUUGCUCCCAUCCUUUGGAUUGAGGCUGACAUGCCAUGUCAUUUGGAACUUUGCAGAUUGCUUGGACCAGCUAUCAUAUUUCCUUGCAGAAGAUGCUAUAUUGAACUUAGACGUGCAAAAGACUUUGUGAAGGACUUGUCCUACUUCCAGCGCUAUGUUCUUGCAAACUCGACAUCUGACAGAGACACUGCGAUCUCAAAUGCUCCAAAAAUUGGAAUGAACACGCCUGCAAACGAGAUAAGCUUUAGAGAUUGUUUGACUGGCCGCUUAUUAGAAUUGCAGUUGUUUGAUUCAGAAAAGGAUACAUCAGUGGAAAUCUUCCACAUGAUACUUUUUGUUGUUGCAAAGUAUAUGGUGAUUGACUUGGUUAAGGUCAUGCUAAAGAAUGACACAGCUACAAUAGCAAGACUUUCAGAGUUCUUGACAGAUUACAUUGGUUCAUUCCUCAGUAGAGAUUUCAAGGUUCUGCUUCAGAUACUUCCUGUAAUUCUGAUUACAGAAUUUUCUGAAAAUUAUGAGCUAGACCUUGUAACAUCAGACUUUGAUAACUAUAUUAUCAGAGUAGAUAAUGCAGUGAAGCACUUGAUUAGAGCAUUAUUUAACUAUGAUAAAGGAACCAAGAACGAGCUCCACAAGGCAUAUUGCACCAAGCCAAAAGUUCAUUACUUGACACAUCUUAAGCAAGAUAUAAUUCGGUUUGGCCCAGCCCUCAAUUAUGAAACAGAAAAGGGCAAACAGUUCAAUAAGCACAUUUGCAAACAUCUGUUUCAUACAAAUCGCCAAAACACUUCCAGGGAUGUUUGUCUAAAGUUUGCAAAGCAAGUAGCAUUACAACAUGUAAUUGAUAGUGGGUCGUGGAUUAAUAGCUCUAGCAACCAAGAGAAGUCUGGAACUGGAAUAGAGAGAUUCAUUAAGGACAACAAUGAAUCCUUGUUCUAUUACACUUUCUUUGACGGCUCAAGAGAGCUAAAGGAUAACAACAACUCUGGAGAUAUUGAAGAUGACGCCAUCCAAAAUAACAGUUUUGAUGCAUUUGUUUUUAGAGAUGAUCCAAUCUCUCACCCUUGUAUAGGACUUGUCUCAGGCUCUGUUGUUAAGUUUCUUAGCAUUGUUUCUCGUACAGAUAAUGACAGAAACAAUAACUAUGCCAAGGCUGUAAUGACAGAACUUCUCAUGAUGUCUAUUGAAGAAGAAGCUGAGGAUAGAGAAAUGUUUGCAAGCAUUUACAACGAGCUGGUCAGUACAACCAAGCGCCAGUUCUCAGGCAUAGACACAGAAGAAAAGAGGCAAAAGAAAACCUGUAUCACAAUAUUCCGUGAUAGACUUGCUGGUGAAGGUAUCAAAGAGUAUGAUGGAUACUUUGAGCAGAAAGUUAAUGCUGCUCAUACUCUUGGGGGUUGA